CAGUUCCGCCCCGUGGUGAUCAGUGGCCCAUCAGGCUGUGGAAAGUCGACACUCCUCAAGCGCCUGUUCGCGGAAUACCCUGAACGCUUCGGAUUCAGCGUUUCCAACACUACUCGGGCGCCCCGCCCUGGCGAGCAAGAUGGCAGAGAAUACAACUUUGUAACCAAGGAGGCUUUCCUGGAUCUAGUCGCGCAGAACGGCUUCAUUGAACACGCCCAAUUCGGUAGCAACCACUACGGCACGUCGAAGCAAGCAGUCAAGGACGUGGCCGAGAAGCAGCGCAUCUGUGUUCUCGACAUCGAGAUGGAGGGCGUCAAGCAGGUGAAGAACAGCGAUCUCAACGCCCGCUUCCUUUUCUUGGCUCCUCCUUCUAUGGAGGAGUUGGAGCGUCGGUUGCGCUCUCGUGGAACCGAGACUGAAGACAGUCUGCGCCAGCGUCUGGACCAGGCAGUUAACGAGCUGGAGUUCUCCAAGCAGCCCGGUGCCCAUGACAAGAUUGUGGUGAACGACGAUCUGGAGAAGGCCUACGCAGAGCUGCGGGACUGGGUUGUCGAUGGUGGCCGCUUCGGUGCGCCGCAAUAA